GUUGGGUCAUCUGUAGUUAAUACAUGUGACUGGUACUCUCUCAAUUCUGUCAUCAUGUCCCACUCAUCAAGGCAUAAAAACAUGUAAGCAAACACAUUAGUUGAAUGAGUGAGAAAAUUAUGGAGAGGAACCAGAAAGUGAGCAUGGAAAAGAAUGAGAAAACUGCUGCUGUGGAAGAAGUAGAUGAGCCUGAGAUUAACUACAGAGGAAUCAAGGCCAUGCCCUAUAUCAUAGGGAAUGAGACCUUUGAGAAGCUUGGAGCUAUAGGAACUUUGUCCAACCUGUUGGUUUAUCUCACCUCAGUUUUCAACCUGAAACAUAUUACAGCUACAACUCUCAUCAAUGUUUUCAAUGGUACCACCAACUUUGCUACCUUAAUUGGAGCUUUCCUUUGUGACACUUACUUCGGUCGUUACAAGACACUGGGAUUUGCUUCAAUUGCCUCAUUUCUGGGGCUGCUUCUGAUAUCAUUAACAGCAGCAGUGAAGAAGCUGCAUCCUCCCCACUGUGGAUCAGAAGAAAGCCAUUGCAUUGGGCCAACUGCAGGGCAGUUAGCUGUUUUGCUAGGUGGAUUUGCCCUCAUGAUAAUAGGGGCUGGUGGCAUUAGGCCAUGCAAUUUGGCUUUUGGAGCUGACCAAUUCAAUCCUAAUACUGAAUCUGGAAAAAGGGGUAUCAACAGUUUCUUCAACUGGUACUUCUUCACCAUAACCUUUGCCCAGAUGGUAUCAGUAACGCUAGUUGUUUAUAUACAAUCUGAUGUGAGUUGGUCAAUAGGAUUAGCAAUUCCAGCUAUUUUUAUGUUGGUGUCAUGUUUUCUCUUCUUCGUCGGUACAAAAAUAUACGUAAUUGUGAAGCCUGAGGGAAGUCCCUUGACAAGUAUAGUCCAAGUCAUAGUGGUUGCAGUCAAGAAGAGGCAGCUAAAGCUACCGGAGCAACCAUGGGUGUCCCUUUUCAGUUAUACACCUCCUAAAUCCAUCAACUCUAAGCUUUCGUACACGCACCAGUUCAGAUUUCUUGACAAAGCUGCAAUUAUAACUCCAGAAGAUGAGAUCAAAUCGGAUGGAACAGCUGCGAAUCCUUGGAGGCUUUGUAGUAUUCAGCAAGUGGAAGAAGCAAAAUGUGUGUUCAGAGUAAUUCCUAUAUGGGCUGCAGCUAUAAUAUACCAUGUUGCAAUCAUUCAACAGCAGCAAUAUGUAGUUUUCCAGGCACUUCAAUCCAAUAGACAUCUAGGCAAAAGCAGCUUCCAAAUCCCUGCUUCAACCUACACUAUCUUUUCCAUGUUAAGCCUCACCCUCUGGGUACCCAUAUAUGAUCGGUUCGUUGUCCCAUUCCUCCGAAGGCUCACAGGAAAAGAAGGGGGCAUAACAAUCCUUCAAAGAAUAGGCAUUGGAUUUUUCCUUGUCAUCAUUUCAUCACUCAUCGCUGCCUUCAUUGAAGAUCGGAGGAGGACAUUGGCUCUGACAAGGCCAACGCUAGGAGUUCAUUCUCCAAGGGGGGCGGUUUCUUCCAUGAAUGCCUUGUGGUUGGUUCCUCAGCUCUCUCUAGCAGGACUUGCUGACGCAUUUGCUGCCAUUGGCCAAGUGGAAUUCUACUACAAGCAGUUCCCAGAAAACAUGAGAAGCUUUGCAGGAUCACUCUUCUUCUGUGGCAUGGCUGCUUCAAGUUAUGUGAAUAGUUUUUUGCUAUCAAUAGUGCAUCACACAACUGAAGGUUCUCGCUCUGGAAAUUGGUUGCCAGAAGAUUUAAACAACGGGAGACUAGACUACUUCUAUUUCCUCAUCACUGCUCUCGCGGUCUUAAAUGUUUGCUACUUUGUAGCUUGUGCCAAGUGGUAUAGGUACAAGGGUGAGGGUAGCACUGCUGUAGCUGUGGAAAUGGAAACUAAAAAGUCAGAAAAAGCUGUAGUUUAAGAUGGAUCAAUAAGUCAGUCCUCUUGAAACUGAUAUUGAACAUUAAACAAGAGCAGUUCUCUACAGAUUGGAAGUUCAUAAAGAUCUAAAACUUCCAGUUUCUUUCUCUACCACCGAGUACACUACCACCUGAUACAGUCUCCUUGGUCAA